AUUAGAGGUAAACGUUCGGGAAAAGCUAAGCCCAUCUAGCGGUGAAAAUUGACCACCGCACUAACAGAGAACGAAAAGUGAAAAUUUUUCGAAGCAUCAUGGCCGAAGAGGCACUGGAAGUUCGCCAGCUUGAAAUUCUUUGCAAAAAUCUGUAUGAAUCAACUAAUGCUUCUGAAAGGGCAGAUGCUGAGAAAGCUCUGGUUGGGUUUCAGAAUUCACCUACCAGCCUCAAUAAGUGUCAGUUACUGCUUGAACGAGGAGACUCUUCAUACAGUCAGUUGCUUGCUGCAACAACACUUACAAGACUCUGUUCCAGACCAUCACCUGUCUUAACAUUACAGCAACGGCUGGAUAUCAGGAAUUAUAUUUUGAGCUACUUAAUGGCCAGGCCAAAGCUAGCUCCCUUUGUCACUCAAGCACUCAUUACUCUUUAUGCUCGCAUCACGAAACUUGGCUGGUUUGAAUUCUCUCCAGAUAAGGAAAAUGAUUAUGUAUUUCGGAAUGUCAUUGGUGAUGUUUCCCAGUUCUUGCAGAGCUCUGUUGUGGAACAUGCAGGAAUUGGUGUUCAACUACUGUGGCAGUUGGUAUCAGAAAUGAAUCAGCUGAGUGAGUCGGACGCUACAUUGACAUUGACAAAACAUCGGAAAAUCGCCUCAAGUUUCCGUGAUGUCCAUCUAUAUGAAAUUUUCCAACUCAGUUGUACUCUACUACGGAACACGUUGGAAAAUUUCCGCAAUAUGAAUUUUGAGGAUCAAGGACAGCAUAAUUUCUUGAACCAGUUAUUGCGCUUGGCCCAUAAUUGUCUCACCUAUGAUUUUAUUGGCACAUCUACCGACGAGUCGUCGGACGAUUUAACUACCGUUCAAAUGCCUACACAGUGGAGGCCUGCCCUGCUGGAUCCAGCGACUCUUCAGCUCUUUUUUGAUUUGUACGAUGCGUUGCCGUCGUCUCUCUCACCAAUGGCGUUAUCGUGCCUCGUACAAAUGGCUGCCGUUCGCCGAUCUUUAUUUGAUAAUGCCGAACGCGCAAAAUUUUUGAACCAUGUAGUGACGGGCGUCAAACGAAUUUUACAACAAAAUGCACAGAGUUUGAGCGAACCCAACAAUUACCACGAAUUCUGCCGCCUCCUAGCACGUCUUAAGACAAAUUAUCAACUUGGAGAGUUAGUCAUGGUUGAUCAUUAUAGGGAUGUUAUCCAGCUUAUAGCUAAAUUCACCGUGGAGAGUUUACAGAUGUGGCAGUUUGCACCCAAUUCAGUGCAUUAUUUACUGUCCCUUUGGCAACGAAUGGUGGCUUCAGUACCCUACGUAAAAGCAACUGAACCUCAUUACCUUGAAACGUACACGCCUGAGGUGACCUCGGCAUAUGUUCAGUCGCGACUUGAGGCAGUUGCUAUGGUUAUGAGAGAAGGCCUCGAAGAUCCGUUGGAUGAUAUGGGCCUAGUGCAACAGCAACUUGAACAAAUCAGCGUCAUUAUGCGGAUGGACUACGCCAAGACAUGUUCUUUGCUAAUUAGCCUUUUUGAACAAUCCGCACAGUCAUUCCAAGAGCUUGUCAGGUCACCAAUCGCAACCGCUGUGGAUUUGGCUAUACAAGAAGGCCGGUUAACGUGGCUAGUGUACAUAAUUGGUGCCGCUAUUGGCGGUCGAGUUUCCUUUACUUCGAGCGAUGAACAUGAUUCGAUGGAUGGGGAAUUAGUUUGCCGAGUUUUACAAUUAAUGAACUUGACCGAUAGCAGACUACAAGUUACCGGUGGGUGUGAAAAACUGGAAUUAGCCAUGCUUUCCUUUUUUGAGCAAUUCCGCAAAAUCUAUGUUGGCGAUCAAGUGCAGAUGACCUCAAAAGUGUAUCGGGGAUUGUCAGAUGUGUUAGGCCUCCGUGACGAAUCUAUGGUUCUAAGCGUUUUCGUUCGUAAGAUUAUUACGAACCUGAAAUACUGGAGUCAUCGCGAACCUAUUGUUGCCAAGACGCUGCUGCUUCUCAAUGAGCUAUGCGUUGGUUAUAGCAGUGUACGGAAGCUGGUCAAACUUGAAGAGAUCCAAUUCAUUCUACAAAACCAUACGAGUGAACACUUUCCAUUCCUGGGUCCAAAUGUUGACGUAAGUGAAAUGAAGUGUCGAACAACAUUCUACACAUCCAUGGGUCGUUUAUUACUAGUGGAUUUAGGCGAAGAUGAAGAUCGCUUCGAGCAGUUCAUGCUACCACUAGCCAGUGCAUUCGAUUCCCUAGGAGCUUUGUUGACGCAAGCAGACUCUCCUAUGUUCAGUCAAGUUGAGGAGGCGCAGAAAUGUGUUAUUGGGUUAGCUAGAGACCUACGAGGCUUGGCCUUUGCCUUCAACACCAAGCAAUCAUAUAUGAUGCUGUUUGAUUGGUUAUACCCUGACUACGCAGCUGUGUAUCUCAGAGCCUUGCAGUUAUGGUAUCAUCAGCCACAGGUAACGAGUCCAUUGCUUAAGCUGUUUGCGGAAUUGGUACAAAAUCGAAGUCAACGAUUGCAAUUUGAUUCUACUUCUCCCAAUGGUGUCCUGUUAUUCCGCGAGGCCUCGAAAGUUCUCUGCUCCUAUGGUGAUCGGAUUUUGAGUGUUGAAGUACCCAAAGAACAAAUUUACGCGGCCAAAUUUAAAGGCAUCUCCGUUUGCUUCUCUCUGCUUAAGGCAGCUUUGUGUGGCGGAUAUGUUAAUUUUGGAGUCUUCCGGCUCUACGGCGACACGGCCUUGGAUGAUGCUCUGGGAACGUUUGUCAAAAUGCUCAUGUCUAUACCACAAAGUGAUCUCUUAGCGUAUCCAAAGUUGAGUCAGACGUACUAUGUACUGCUAGAGUGUCUUGCUCAAGAUCACAUGGUAUUUCUCAGCUCAUUAGAGCCGCAUGUUUUCCUAUACAUUCUGUCAACAGUUCAAGAAGGCCUCACUGCAUUAGAUACCAUGAUCUGCACGGGCUGCUGCAAUACGCUAGACCAUAUCGUAACGUAUGUCUUCCGGCAAUUGACGGCGAAAGGUAAAAAGGCCCGGAAGGUUGUAGAACAACAACAGGGUGCACAGCUCAUUCGUUUGAUGGAGAUUCGACCAGAAUUGCUGCAACAAAUGCUAAGCUGCAUUUUGAACAUUGUAAUGUUUGAAGAAUGCCGAAAUCAGUAUUCCAUGUCCCGUCCUUUGCUUGGCCUCAUCUUGCUGAAUGAAGACUACUUUGGUCAACUGCGCCAGUCCAUCAUACGCAGUCAACCGGUCGACAAGCAAAGCCUUAUGGCCCAGUGGUUCGACAACUUGAUGGAUGGCAUUGAAAGGAACGUCACUGCUAAAAACCGUGACAGAUUUACGCAAAAUUUGUCGCUUUUCCGGCGUGAUGUCAACGAAUCGCUGAAAGGGCCAGUUAAUAACCCAUUGAUUUCCAACAACGACAUGAUGACUUAGCGCACUGCUCGUUUCAUCGGGGACGGUGAUUGUUUAUUAUAAUUUCGUCCUCGAUUAGUGAGUUUAUACCAUUUAUCAUCAUGGAAUGUUUCGCAUGUGUCAGUGUUGCAAGGCAUUUUUUUUUUUUUCACUUUAAGAUGCUCUUUUUUUUUGCUUGCAACAAGGUGAAUUUUGUAUCACAUCCACCCCAAGUCAUUUUUUUUGCUUUACUUUUGCUAUGUAACCAAGAAUGUGGUGAUGAG